ACGUUACCAAACACUCUCAGUUCCUCUCUUGACUGACUCUUCUUUCUAUCUGCUCUGCCCAGAGAGAGAGAGAGAGAGAGAGAGAGAGAUGGAGAGAAACGAAGAAGAAAAGGAGAUUGGAAGAGAAAACGGGUUAUCAUUACCAACAGAGAACAACAACAACAACAACAACAACAAUUCAUCAUCAUCAUCAAACUCCAAUGACGGUUCGAUUUGUGGAUUCGAAUCUCUCCACCGCCUCCUCUGCGCCUCCCUCAGCCCCCAAGUUUUCCAGGAAGUAAAGCGAUUGCUUUUGGGACUCAAUUGUGGAAGAGCAGUUGAACCCAUUUCUCUCCCUGAGCCUGCCAAAGCUCUAUCUUCAAAGCAUGAUUUUGAUCUGCAGGCAUUCUCCUUUCAUGCUGACAAGGAAUUAUUAAGAGAACCUCAAAUCAUCAGGGUUGGUCUUAUUCAAAAUUCUAUUGCACUUCCAACAACUGCACCCUUUUUGGACCAAAAGAGAGCCAUCUUUCAGAAAUUGAGGCCCAUUAUUGAUGCAGCAGGUGCUGCGGGAGUGAAUGUUUUAUGCUUGCAAGAGGCAUGGAUGAUGCCAUUUGCCUUUUGUACUCGUGAGAAGAGAUGGUGUGAAUUUGCAGAGCCUGUUGAUGGAGAAUCAACACAAUUUCUUCAGGAUCUUGCAAGGAAAUAUAACAUGGUCAUUGUAAAUCCAAUUCUUGAGAGGGAUGUGAAACAUGGAGAGACUAUUUGGAACACUGCUGUAAUAAUUGGAAAUCAUGGUAACAUAAUUGGUAAGCAUCGAAAGAACCACAUACCCAGAGUUGGGGACUUCAAUGAGAGCACAUAUUAUAUGGAAGGGAACACCGGGCAUCCAGUGUUUGAGACAGCUUAUGGAAAGAUUGCAGUUAACAUUUGUUAUGGGAGGCACCAUCCUCUGAAUUGGCUGGCUUUUGGCUUAAAUGGUGCUGAGCUUGUUUUCAAUCCAUCUGCUACUGUUGGUGAACUCAGCGAACCAAUGUGGCCCAUUGAGGCCCGUAAUGCCGCAAUAGCAAAUAGUUACUUUGUUGGGUCAAUCAAUCGCGUUGGGACUGAGAUCUUCCCCAACCCAUUCACUUCUGGUGAUGGAAAGCCUCAACAUGCAGAUUUUGGGCAUUUCUAUGGAUCAAGUCAUUUUUCAGCACCAGAUGCUUCAUGUACACCAUCUCUAUCCCGAUACAAGGAUGGGGUGAUUAUAUCAGACAUGGAUCUCAACUUGUGUAGGCAGCUGAAAGAUAAGUGGGGGUUUCGAAUGACUUCCCGGUAUGAGUUGUAUGCUGAGUUGCUUGGCCGGUAUGUUAAGCCAGACUUUGAGCCCCAAGUCAUUUCUGACCCCUUGUUACACAAGUAGCUCUUCUUAAGUUCCAAUUUAAAAUGUUUUGAAUCUGAAGCAAUUAGUAGAAACUGAUGAUGGGUCAGUGGGGGUUCUGAAUGACUACUUGGUAUGAGUUAUAUGUUGAGUUGCUUGGCUGUUAUGUUAAGCCAGACCUUGCGCCGUAGAUCAUUUCUGAUCCUUUGUUAGACUAGCAACUCUUUAAGUUCCUAGUUGAAGUAUUGUGAAUCUGAACAAUGAUAUGUCAAAUUAUCAGUGGAAAAUAAAUGUUUGUUGUUUAUGGUUGUGUGAUCUACCAUUUGUGAUUA